AUGUUCAAGGAAGUGCUUGAGUUUCUUUCAGACUGCCAAACAGAAGGGACAGGCAGGAUGUCUUGGAUCUGUAUAUAUGUCCAGAUGGUCUGACUACCUCAAGAAUGUCUGUUGCCACAAAAUGGCUCAAAUUAAAUUGCGAACCUUCCACUUUGUUAUCAUCUUCAUAUUAAUGCGUGAGAUCAAAACCCAAAUAUCUGAUGAAAGUGAAUUUUUAGUUGACAGGUCCCAAACAGGUCUCACCCAUGUUCCCAAGGAUCUAUCCUUGAAAACAACAACCUUAGAUCUAUCCCAAAACUACAUAUCUGAGAUUCAGUCUUCUGACAUGCUACCACUAUCAAAGCUGAGGAUUUUGAUACUGUCUCACAAUAGAAUCCAGUAUCUUGAUAUCAGUGUUUUCAAAUUCAACCAGCAAUUGGAAUUCUUGGACUUGUCCCAUAAUGAAUUGAGGACAAUUUCUUGCUACCCUACGGUGAACUUCAAGCAUUUAGACCUCUCCUUUAAUGCAUUUGAUGCCCUUCCCAUAUGCAAGGAGUUUGGCAACCUCUCUCAACUAAAAUUUCUAGGACUGAGUGCAACACAGUUACAAAAAUCUAGCAUGCAGCCAAUUGCUCAUUUGAAUAUCAGUAAAGUUUUGCUUGUUUUAGGAGACACUUAUGGGGAAAAAGAAGAGCCUGAUAGUCUUCAAGAUCUUCAUACAAGGAGUCUGCAUGUUGUUUUCCCCACAAAAAAGGAAUUCCAUUUCAUUCUGAAUGUGUCAGUCAGUACUGCAGUAAAUGUGGAGCUAUCUAAUAUCAAGUGUGUGCUACACGACAAUGAGUGUCGUUUCCUAGAUGUUUUGUCAGAACUUCAAAAGAAACCAAGGCUACCAAAUCUUACCUUAAAUAACAUUGAAACAACUUGGAAUACUUUGAUGAGUAUCAUGCAGAUUGCUUGGCAUACAAACAUGGAGUAUUUUUCAAUUUCAAAUGUGAAACUACAAGGUCAACUGGGCAUCAGAAAUUUUGGUUCUUCUGCUACUUCCCUGAAGGCAUUGUCUAUAAAGCAAGUUGUCAGUGAUGUGUUCAAUUUUCCACAAAGUAAUAUCUACAGGAUCUUUUCAAAUAUGAAAAUCCAAAAUCUCACAUUGUCUGGUACACGUAUGAUCCACAUACUUUGCCCAUCCCAAAUUAGCCCAUUUUUAUAUUUGGAUUUUUCCAAUAAUCUCUUAACAGAUACAAUUUUUAAAAACUGUAAAACCUUAGUUGCAUUAAAAACACUUAGUUUAAAAAUGAAUCAAUUAAAAGAACUUGCAAAUGUAAUUCUGAUGACCAAGGAAAUGAAGUCUCUACAACAACUGGAUAUUAGCCAGAAUUCUCUAAGGUAUGAUGAAGAUGAAAAUACUUGCUCUUGGGCUGAAAGUUUAUUAAGUUUAAAUAUGUCUUCAAAUAUACUUACUGAGUCUGUAUUCAGAUGUUUACCUCCCAAGGUCGAGGUACUUGAUCUUCACAGCAAUAGGAUAAUGAACAUCCCUGAGGAUGUCACCUAUCUGGAGUCUUUGCAAGAACUCAAUGUUGCUUUCAAUUCUUUAACUGACCUUCCUGGAUGUGGUGCCUUCAGUAGCCUUUCUGCACUGAUCAUUGACCAUAAUUUAGUUUCCCACCCAUCAACUGAUUUUUUCCAAAGCUGCCAGAAGAUUAGGUCAAUGAAAGCAGGGAACAACCCAUUCCAUUGCACAUGUGAGUUAAGAGAAUUCAUCAAAAAUACUGGCCAACUGUCAAGUGACAUAGUGUGGGACUGGCCUGAAACUUACAAGUGUCACUAUCCAGACCCUUAUAAGGGAAUCCUGCUAAAGGACUUCCAUGUGUCUCCACUAUCCUGCAACACAACUCUGCUUAUCGUGACCAUAGUGACCUCCAUGCUGGUGUUGGCUGCUACUGUCACCUUCCUCUGCCUCUACUUUGAUCUGCCCUGGUAUCUCAGGAUGAUGUGUCAGUGGACCCAGACCCUGCGCAGGACCAGGAACAUCCCCUUAGAGGAACUCCAAAGAAAUCUUCAGUUUCAUGCUUUUAUCUCCUACAGUGGGCAUGAUUCUGCCUGGGUGAAGAAUGAAUUACUACCAAACCUUGAGAAAGAAAACUUACAGAUCUGCCUCCAUGAGAGGAACUUUGUUCCUGGCAAGAGCAUCGUGGAAAAUAUCAUCAGUUGCAUUGAGAAGAGCUACAAGUCCAUCUUUGUUUUGUCUCCCAACUUUAUCCAGAGCGAGUGGUGCCAUUAUGAACUCUACUUUGCCCACCACAAUCUUUUCCAUGCAGCUUUUGAUAACUUAAUCCUGAUCUUACUGGCACCCAUCCCACAGUACGCCAUUCCUAACAACUACCACAAGCUCAAAACCCUCAUGGCGCGGAGGACAUAUUUGAAAUGGCCCACAGAGAAGAGCAAGCAUGGACUUUUUUGGGC